AAAAUUCGUUCGUCAUUCGUCGUAAAACAUUACUCUUGGUUGGAGCGUUUUUGUUUUCGCGAGUGAAGUGCAUUCAAUUUUUAAUCUAGUGAUAUUCCUAAUUAAAUUACACCAAACUCUAUACAACAAACGAUAGUGAAUCGUUGCAAAAUGAAAGGCUUUCUGCUAGCCUUGGCAGGCGUUUUGCUGGUUUCUGUCCCAUCUUGGGCCGUGCCGGUUGAAGCCGAAGAUCAUCAUUUGCUCGGUGCCAAGGAGUGUACCUGGGGACCAACUUACUGGUGUUCUAAUUUGAGGAACGCCAAGGGUUGCGGAGCGGUCAAACACUGCAUCCAAACCGUGUGGGAGAAGCAAACCUAUCCGGUGGAUAACGAUGAAAUCUGCAACAUCUGUCUGGAUAUGGUUAAACAGGCCCGGGAUCAGCUGGAGAGCAAUGAAACCCAGGCCGACCUGAAGGCCGUCUUCGAGGGAUCGUGCAAUCUGAUUCCGGUCAAGGUGGUCAAGAAGGAGUGCCGACGGUUGGCCGAUGACUUCAUUCCCGAGCUGGUGGAGGCACUGGCAUCGCAGAUGAAUCCGAAUGUGGUAUGCAGCGUUGCCGGACUGUGCAACAAUGCUGCCAUUGAUAAGAUGCUGCUCGAAAUGCCGGCCGUCAAACCGAAGGAUGAGGAUGACAUCGAGGAGGAUGAAAGUGAUCUUGGCUCCCCCCUGGCAAAAGAGGAAUUCACCUGCGAGAAAUGUAACACGAUUGCGGAUUUGAUAUCCAACCGUUUCCACUCGAGUGAUCGGGAUCAGGUUCUGGAGGGCUUCCUGCGAUUCUGUGGUCAGAUGGGAUCAUUUUCCGAUGGUUGUUCCAGCAUUGCGCUGACUUAUUUCGCUGAAAUUUACGAUCAUAUGUCGAAGAAUUUGAAUGCAAAAAAUGUUUGCCAUAUGACUGGUACUUGUGUUGCUCAAUUCCACCAGCACGAGGAUAGUAGUGAAAACAUCGAAAUCCGCUCGAUGGGCGGCGUCGGAGUGAUUAACGUGAAGGAUGAGCUGGUUGAAGAUGGUGACGAUAUUCCGUGCAAGUUGUGCGAACAAUUGAUUGACCACUUGCGGGAUGUGCUGAUCGCUAACACGACUGAGCUUGAGUUUAAACAGGUGCUAGAAGGUCUGUGUAAGCAAACCAAAUCGUUCAGUCAGGAAUGUCUUAAUCUGGUUGAUCAGUAUUACGAAGAAAUCUACAACACACUGGUGCACAAUUUGGAUAGUAAUGGCGCUUGCUUUAUGAUCGGUGUCUGUCCGAAAGAGCUGGGAAAUGACGGAGAGGGCCCAAUCAUGCCACUCGUCCCGGUAAAAGUAGCUUUGAUGCAUGAUCAGGCGAGUGACGAAAGCAAACCGGUCAGAAAGGUGCUCGGUGAAAACGAACCCAAACUGUCGGCGGUUGAAGUACAGCAAGCACAGCUUCCGAUUGAUCGUUUGAUGGGAGCACCUUUGUCACUGCAGCUGGUAGAAAAUGGACGUUUCUGCACUGUCUGCGAAUAUUUCAUGCAUUUCGUCCAGGAAGCGCUAAGUGAACCAGCCAACGAAGACGAAAUCAAGCGAGUUGUUUCGACCAGCUGCGAUCGGCUGCCGAAGGCUGUUGCGGGAGAAUGUCGCACUUUCGUGGAUCUUUACGGUGAUGCUGUCAUCGCUCUACUUAUCCAGUCGUUCGAUCCACGAGAAGUUUGCCCACAGCUGCGAAUGUGCCCAGCCGCUAAUGAUGAAAUUGAGAUUUUUGCACCAGCUCAAAUAGAUGUGAAAAUUGAUGCCAACGCAGGAAAGGAUAAACCAACGUGCCCGUUGUGUCUGUUCGCGGUGACACAAUUGGAAGAGAACAUCAAGAACGAUCGCACCAAGGAGAAUAUUAAGCAAGCGCUUAGCAAGCUUUGUUCGCAUCUCUCGCCAAAAUUGAAACUGGAAUGUACGGACUUCGUUGAUACGUAUUCGUCGGAGCUGGUCGAAAUGUUGGUAUCGGAUUUCACUCCACAGGAAAUCUGUGUUUACCUGAAGCUGUGCGUGGAUCAGCGGCCCGAUUUGAGCUUGAUAAAUAUGGAGUUUGAGCGCGAGAAUCGUCAUCAAAUGCAACACUUUGACAUUGAAACCAAUGAGAUUCCAGACAUCACGGUAAAUGGUCAGAUUACGGUGGACCAUCAAGCUACCAUUGCUACGCCGGAGUGUCUCGUGUGUGAGGAAAUGGUUAAGGCGGUUGAGAAGCGCGUGAAGAAUAAGAAAAGUAAAGAACAAAUCAAGGAAGCCCUGGAACAUGCUUGCGAUCGAUUGAGAAAAUACCAAGCCAAGUGUGAGCGUUACAUUGACCAGCACAGUGAUCAGAUUGUGGAUCUUAUAAUGAAGCAACUGUCACCGAAGGAAAUUUGCCGGGAUCUGGGAUUCUGUCUCACCAAAGAUGAUGAUGAAUUGGAAGUUGAUGAAGCCUUGCUCGACUACGUUGUGGAACCGGCCGUCGCCGAAUCACCGAAACAAUUGGUUACACCAACCGAAAGUAAUGUCCAGCCGCAGCAAUGUGCCAUUUGUGAGUUUGUGAUGGUCAAACUGGAAUCGGAAUUGGCGGACAAAAAAACCGAAAAAGAUAUCGAAAAUGCCGUACGAAGUGUGUGUUCGAAACUGCCGAAUACCGUCACGAAGCAGUGUGAUCAUCUGAUCGAUCAGUACGGGCAGUUUAUUAUCAAGUUCUUGGCUACGCUGCCACCGAGGGAGAUCUGUACCAGGCUUACGCUUUGCCAGAAACAAUUGCAACAACUGGAAGACAGUAGCUUGGAAAUCAUCGAAUGUGCCGUUUGUCAAGGUGCCAUCAAGACAGUUGACGACAUCCUGGCCAACCAGAAGAUCGACUACGAUAUUGUGCAGGACGUGGAGAAAAUUUGCAACACCGUUCCGGCCAAGUUCUACGAAAAGUGCGAGAAAAUGGUUUCCGUGUACGGUAUUAGCAUGGUGCGCCAGCUGCAGAACUACGUUGAACGGGAACAGGUCUGCGUCAACAUGGGAAUGUGCAGCAAACCGACCGGCUACGUGAAGUUUGAGGAGGAGGUCGAAUCGGUAGACCAUGCGGACAAAAAACACACCUAUUUGGUGGGAGCUCAUGAAUGCACUUGGGGACCGGCGCACUGGUGUGCCAGCGAUGAGAAUGCUCAGAAGUGUAACGCCCACAAAUUCUGUUCCGAGAAAAAGCUUGGCAAGUGGAAGGACUGAGUAACAGAUGAAAUAACUGUUCAAUAGGAAGCAUUACCCGAAAUUAACUGUUUAAUGUGGAUAGCAGUAGCUUUCCGGAAAGAAAACGAUACCAAGAAGUGCUAUAGUUCGAUUAAGCUGUUCUGUCUGAUUAGUUAUUUCACAUUUCUUAUGCUUACAUUAUCUGAUGAUUAUCUACUCUUUAAGUUCAGCAUCAUAAACGAAACGGGAAAGUGACCGUUUUUUUAUCUAUCUGGAAUGUUUAGAAUACAACAUCUCGUUGGUGGAAAAGUACUGAUAAAUUGGUUGAGUCUGUACCUUCGGCUCUGAAAUUAGGCUGUUAAUAUCAGUUAAAUAUAAACGUUUAUCUGUAUAAAUGGUUUGUAAAAAGAGAAACGAAUAAAUUUUAAUUAGUGAUAAAUUUUUA